AUGCCGAAAAUCUCGAGCGGAUGGACUUCUCCUCUCAAUCCACUCAAUCCCGAGUUCUGGCAGUCGUUCAAGCAGACCUUUGAGUCUGAUUUACAAGUGCUCCGCGAUCACAGCAAGAAUGUCAACAAGGAGAUUAGAAUUGCAACAGAUCAGUUCCAGAAUCGGAGCAACGAGCUCCAAAGGAUAGAGAACGAACAAGCUGAACACUCCAGGCGAUCGCUAAGUCGCUUUAUGUCCCGCACCCGGGAUGAUUUCGACAGAGUGCAUAGGUUGCAGAUGCUGAGAAGUGAGGAGUUAGGGAGGGAAAAUAACCAAAAGCUUCUCGACUCUUUAUCUUCUUAUGACUACAUUAAGCCUCUGAAACUGGCUCGUCAGAAGCGAUACCCCAAAUCAGCAGAAUGGAUCUUUAGUACAGACGAGUUCCAACGCUGGGUCGAUGGGACUACACCGGUUUGCUCUGGUGUUAUGGAAAAAUGGGUUCGGGAAAGUCAAUCCCCUGGCUGCAAUCUAGGCGAGGGAAAUGCCUCCGCCCAGCUUGAGCCUUGA